AUGGUGCUGAUAUUUCUGAUCUUCAACUGUAGGAACCUGGACAUCAAGAAUGCAUCCAACCCUUCCCAUUUACUAGCAUCUUCACACCGAAUCUCUAGGCUUCACUACCUCGUCCCCGCAAAUGUCGCAAACCGCCAAGUAUGCGCAGUCGUGACUUCAGCGCUCGCAAACCGAUACGCUAUACCGACGAUUCUAGGCUACAGAGGAGAGACAUUCUUGGACGCACAAAAGGCACAUAUUGCGAAAUUGCGCGCCAUCAAGGAUUAUUUGUACAAUGCGGGAGGAGCCUCUGACGAUCUUGUCAUUAUUGUUGACGGAUUCGAUGUGCUGGCUCAACUACCGGCAGAGGCAAUGAUACAGCGAUACUUCACUCUGAUGGCUGAGGCUGAUCAAAGCCUUGCUGAUCAACGUGGAAUUACCGUCAAGGAGCUUCAUCGAACCGGAGUAAAGCAGACUCUUUUAUGGGGAACGGAUAAGGGAUGCUGGCCUGAGAGCGAAACUGAUCCAAGAUGUUGGCUUGUUCCAUUCUCAUCUCAGCCUCGAUUUACCUGGGGACUCAGAACGGACACUGGUGAUCUUCAGUAUAGCGACUCACGAUUUCUAAACUCAGGUACAGUGAUAGGUCCAUUGAGUGACCUUCGCAAGUUCAUCGACGCCGCAUUAUCAUUGAUAGAAGACGAUUGGGAUCAAAACUUCCUCUUCCGAGACUCUGAUCAGUUUUAUAUCGCUACGUUAUAUGCGCGCCAGGAAUAUCAGAGAAUGAGAGACCUGAACGGAGGCGAGUUUACUAAAGAUAUCGCUGGAAGGGAUGUACCCAGACCGAAGGAGGGCAUGGAUGAUGUGACUGAAUACCACGUUGCAGUGGACUUUGACUAUGCGUUUACGCAAACAGAAUGCCAUAACUACAGAUUUAUCCAUAAACUUCAGUACGACAACUUUGACAUGACGGCAACUAUUAGGCAUGAUGCGCUGGAAGAAGGGUCAAGAUUCCGUCCAUACAAGAUUCAAAUGCCUGCAUCAAUCUACCAGGCAUUUCACAGAGUGUAUGAUUCACUUCCCGCAGAAGACCGACCAGCAAUGUCGGGACACAACUGGAUACGGGGUCUUCGACUUGGCACAAACAUCGGUACACGGAUGAUCUUUGCCUUCUAUCACAACACAUGUGACAAAGCCGGGUUCCUCGAUACCUUCCAUGACGCAUGGUUCUUCCCUCUGAUCCGACCUCUUCUCCGAGUUGCUGUCAAAGUGAUUCAGCACCAACACCCAAUCAGCCCAGAACUUAUUGACGGAAGACUUUGGGUUGCUGCACGGCAGUACCCGAAACGUGAUCUCGAUGAGUACGGAGGGGUGUUUACAGAUGCCCCAGGGGAGGAGUUUAUACCACUGCAGGAAUUCUGUAGUGAGGAUAUCGAGUCUGCUAUUGGGAAGGAUACGGAUUAUCCUUUGACCAGGCUCUGA